AUGCCACCCCGAAAAAGAAGUGCACCUACCGCCGACGCUUCAGAAGAAGCUGCGCCCAAACGGCGAUCCCUUCGGCAAGCGGCCAAAGGCAAUCCCGAGCCUGAGGCGCCUCCCCCAGCCAAAGUAAGCCCGCCAAAGAAGGUUACCAAGGCGACGACUGUGAAGAAGCAAGAGAAACCCAAGGCAACAGCAAAGCCAGCAAAAACUGAGAAGCCCGAAGCGCCAAAGGAGAAGAAGACGGCCAAGAAGCAAGAACCUGCUCAGUCUGGCUCUCGUGGCGUCUCUGAGGAUCCAGAUAUCGACUCAAUCCCGACUAUCAAUCCUGAUGCCCCGAAGCACGAUGGCCAGUGGUACUGGCUGAUGAAAGCUGAGCCUGAGACUCGUAUCGAGAAUGGAGUUGAUGUCAAGUUUUCUAUUGAUGACUUGAAAGCAAAGACAGAACCUGAGGGAUGGGAUGGCAUUAGAGCUUACGCUGCUCGGAAUAACAUGAGAAACAUGAACGCUGGUGAUCUCGCCUUCUUCUACGCCAGCAACUGCAAAGAACCCGGCAUAGUCGGCAUAAUGGAAAUCGUCAAAGAAUUCUCCGAAGACAGCAAGUCCCCUAUCACCUCUACGAAAGAGAAACCCAUCUGGGACCUGGUCCACGUCGAGUUCAGAAAGAAGUUUGCUGUGCCUAUUGGUCUGAAGGAACUACGCGAGCUGGGUAAAUCUGGUGGUCCUUUGGAGAUGAUGCAGUUGCUUAAACAGUCGAGAUUGAGUGUGAGUAAAGUUAGUGGUGAGGAGUGGAGGUUUUUGUGUGAGCUUGCGGAUGAGAAGGCGAAGGAUGCGGGGUUGAAGCAUGAUGAGGGUGAGAAGUAA